CGCACACCGUAGAGUAAUCGGAAGGAAACUCGGACUUUCAACUCUUCCCAGCUAGGUCAGUGUAAAACUUCCCUUUUUUGGUGUCACGAGUGCUUCUCCCUUCUCGAACUGGAGACAGCCCUUUUCGAACACCGCGUCGACUUCAGCAAGGCACACAAUGUGUAUUUUUUGCCAUGUCUGCCUUCCCGUCUCCUUCCGCCUUUAGCAGGUUCUUGGCGUUUCUCCUGUUUCGGCGAUUUCGACUUUCGUUUCCUCAUCGUGGCGCUGCGUGGGCAUUUCUGUCGCUUUGGUUCACGCCAGUGAUUCCGACGUAACAUAUAACUCGAAGCGAGUUCUCUGCACUCUGCAAGUUCUUCGCCAGUCCUUCCUCUCCUGCUCCGCGUAAACACAAACGUCUCUCAAAAUGGACGACGAGAAAACUCUGAAAAGUUUCGGAACCCUGCGAGUCACCCGACUGGCUUUUCCGGAAAGUUCUACAUACGCAGCUUCCCAGCUCUCCUUCGUCUACGAGGUUUGUUUGAACCGUCCAGGGACGCGGAACGCGUUUGGCGAGACUUUCUGGUGCGAGUUCCGUGAAUGUUUUGUCAUUUUGGAUCGACUGCCCUCGUGCCGCUGCGUGUUAAUCACAGCAGAAGGGUCGGUGUUUACUGCGGGCAUCGACCUCGCCUUCGCUGCCCAGGUCAUGUCGAACCCUCCUCUGCCUGUCGCGCGGCACCGGCAAGAGGCACCUUUUUCUGAUGAAAUUCCGCGAAGCAGCAAGUCCGGCCUCUCUGUAGAAGGAGGAGACACUGGAGGCGAUUCCAGUGAGAGGGAAAACCACGACUGCGCCAGGAAAUCUGCCCACCUGCGCCGCUACAUCAUGACCUUGCAAGACAGCUUUUCAGCAGUAGAGGAAUGCAGCAAACCCGUGAUUGUUUGCGUAGGCGGACCGUGCGUGGGAGCAGGCGUGGACUUGAUUUGUUCGUGCGACAUUCGCCUGGUCAGCAAAGAAGCUUGGUUUUCUGUCAAAGAAGUGGAUAUCGGUAUCGCGGCCGACGUCGGAACGCUUCAGCGCCUUCCUAGAGUGGUGGGGAACGACGCGUGGGUGAGAGAGGUUUGUUUUACGGGACGCAGAUUUGGAGCGGAAGAGGCGAGGAGAGCGGGCCUGGUCAGUGAACUGUUUGAAAACCGCGAGGAGAUGAGGCAGAAAGGAAUGGCCCUCGCUUGCGAUAUCGCGGCAAAAAGCCCGGUGGCGGUAUCGGGCAUCAAAUUUGCGCUAAACUUUUCCUCUCGACGAACGGUUCGAGAAGAGCUGAGAGUUCAGGCCAUCUGGAAUGGAGCGAUGCUGCAAACGGAAGACAUUCCAACAGCCAUUUCUCAGGGAGUUUUGGGCAAAGGGACGGGGAAACCCACCGCAGGAAAUGGACAAUUGUUUGCCGCUCUGUAAAACGACGAGCUUCUCGGAGACACGUCGACACUACUUCUGGGUUUUGGCGGUAAAAAACUGAGAAGACCAACGCUAGGAAUUGCGGAGGUGCUUGCCUGUCUGUUGAAAACGAUUUUUGGUGAAAACGCUCGUCUGACCACAGUUCGAGAUGCACUUGGUCGCUCUCAACAGUUCAGUGCCUGAUACCAGCGGCAAGUUCAUCGAAGGGGGGGAAGAGGCAAGAAGAGACGUAGAACUCGAAAGUGUAUUCUAACGGAGAAUCGUAUCGACACGGGUUCAGGAGAAAGUGCACGCGUAGUUGCGUUUGGAGCGUUUUACACCAGCAGAACACCAUUUUCUGCUCUAUGGCAAGAAAUCGCUUUUUGUCAAUCUGUUUCGCCCGGGAAAGCCGAGUGCUUUUUCGAUUCAAGCGAACCUUUCGCCUCUGUAGAACUUCCAGACCAAAUUUCUUGUUUUGCCUGUUAAGAGGGUGCGUGUCAGAAAGCCGUUAUCUGAAUCCUCUGUGCGCGGUGAAAAACACUAGCCAACCUAGCUCUGCGCUCAUCCCUCUUCACCUUACCGCAUCCCCUGCCUAACCCACACUCACAUCUAACUUUUCUUCUUGUGUAAGUGUACUCUAGAGCAAUCCACCGGUCGAUAUGUCCGUUUCUGCAUCUGCGUUCUAGGUAUCUGUGCCUUAGUACGUAGAUACACACACCGCACGAACACAGUGCAAAAAGAAGGCUACAAAAGACGUACAGUUUUUCCCCUUCUAGUUCAAAACUGUGUAAUGCCGGCUACGCUGUAGGCGUAACAUGUGGACUCCUGUUAUCAAGAUCAAUCUGUGAAAUACGCUAGUGCAGUAUGGAGGCGGCGCGCAUGCCACAACUGAAAUCGAAUCCGGUGACUUGUUAAGAUUAUCUC